CUGCUUCAGCAAAAUGCUUCCAUGGCGGUUGUGGCUGUGUUCUUCUCUGGUUACCUAGCGUACUAUGCUUUAUUUGUCGCUAAGAAGCCCAAGCUGGCCUGUAAAGAUACAAAGUUCCGUACCUUUUUGCUGGAUCACUGUCCUGUUAUCUCAGAAAAGUAUUCUCCCACUAUUUGGUGUUUUGAAUCCAGGGCUCAAACAAUACUUCGCUCCUUUUUAAAAUCUGCUCCAAUGCUGACCUAUGAAGGGGAACUCAUUAAGAUGGAAGAUGGUGGACAAAUCUUGCUGGACUGGUACCAAAAUGACAAUGAUAUUUACCCUGACACAGAAACCAGACCAACUGUCUUACUUCUACCAGGUCUCACAGGUACCAGCAGUGACUCAUAUGUAUUACAGUACGUUCAUGAGGCAGCACAACAUGGCUACAGGUCCGUUGUUUUUAACAAUCGUGGCAAUGGAGGAGUCAAACUCCUGACUGCGAGGACCUAUUGUGCCACAAAUACUGAAGAUCUGGCUUUUGUAGUAUCUUUCAUAAAGGAUCGUUAUCCUAAUGCACCACUUAUAGGGGCUGGAAUUUCACUGGGCGGAAUGAUCCUAUUCCAGUAUCUGUCUAAGAUGGGUAGUGAAUCCAAACUGCAGGCGGGAAUGUGUGUAUCUGUGGCGUGGAAUGUGUUUGAGUCCUAUGUAGAACUUGAGAAGCCAGGAAUCAAUAGACAUGUCCUCAACCGAGCUCUCGCCAAAAAUCUUGUCUAUUCUAUACAGAGGAAUGUUGAAGUCUUUGAACAGCAUUUUGAUGACAUUGACCAUGUCUUUAAGUCUUCCACAAUAAGAGAAUUUGAUGACCGCUUUACAUCAAAAAUGUUUGGAUAUGAAGACUGGCAGGAUUACUAUAAAGAUGCCUGUAUACAUAAUCGUGUCCACAAACUGAGAGUACCUGUACUAGUGCUGAGUGCUGCGGACGAUCCCUUCUCUCCGUUUCAUGCCAUCCCUAUCAAAGAAGCAGAACAAAACGACAACAUAGCAAUAGUCGUGACAUCCCAUGGUGGCCAUAUUGGAUUUCUUGAAGGAAUUCUACCUCGUCAUGGAGGAUACAUGGAUCGACUGUUCUCACAGUUUUCUCAUGCAAUCUUCGAACAUGGCCCCAAAACACUACUAGCUGAAGAAUAUCGAUAAACAAAAUAGAAAUAUUUAGAAUCACUACUAGGUAAGAUUAAUUUGAAUUACUCAUCAUAAACAUUGUGCAGACAAAUUGUCUCAGUGUCUGGAAUAUAGUAGCAUAUCAUAAUGUACACAAAUGUAAAAAGUUGCAAUUUUUUUAGGUAUUUUACCUCUGGCAAUGAUCAAGGAUAGCACAAAUCAGAAAAAAUACUCACCUGAUAGAAAAACAAUAGUUUAAUUCAUGACUUCCUUACAAAAUUCAGACAUUUUGCUUCAGGUAAAGCUAGGAAAAUUAAACACUAAAAAAACCACUAGGAGAACUUAACUCUGUUUAAUAACAAAAGGCAGAAUUUUUGUAGCAAAAUUGUUAUACCCUCACUUACACUUGUUUAUACAUGAGUGUGUUCAUGAUAGCCUGAUGUACAAGUUCUCAUUAACUCCAGAACUGAUUUGCUUUACAUUCACACCAUCAUACCAACAAGAUCUACCCGGGGUAUAUCUGAUUAGAUAUUGGAUUUCAUUGAUCAAGGUUAAAGGUCAGAUGCCUCCCAUUUUAAUCAAGGGAUAGGGGAUAUAGUUAU